CAAGGCCGGCACAUUUCGAGUUGACGCUUUCAAAAAUGUCAUUUUGGAACAUUUGCUGCUGGAAAGGAAACUGAACACGAAGUGAAAAUAGGGUAAUAUAAGGUUUUAGAAAUGAGCGCGAAAGAGAGUCUGGUCCUGCAGCUGGCGGAUCCACAGCUGGCCAAGCUGACCAGCGAUUCGGAGGAGAUCCGAUUGCGCGCCCUCGAGCAGGUUGAGACGCGGUUCAUCCGGUGCCUUCAGUUGGACGAGCGCAUCCAGUUCAAGCCGGUGCUGCUCCUCAAGCAGCUCAUCCGCUGGUUCGGGUACACUCCUCCACUGGCCCCCGACCGCGUGCUGGCCAUGAUCCUGGAGCUGUUGCGCUCGGAGUACGGCGAGGCGGUAAUCCGCAAGAUUCCCUACGUUCGACUGAAGACGGAGCUAGAGAAGGUGCGUCGCGUUCUUCGUAGUCUGGAGUCCAAGCGAAUCAACGAACUUCUGGACGAACUGCAACUGCUGCUGCUUCAGAAGUACAAAAUGGUCCUGGCCACGCCGUCUGCCUCCAGUUUUAGUUCGAUUGAUGUGACCAGUCAGAGCCAGGGAUCUGAAUUCGUGACCAGCACCAUCGACCAUUUGCUUGUCAAUCUCACGCCCGAGGACUACGAGACCGCCUGGACGCGUCCGGGCGUGGACGAUGUAGCGAGCAUGACGAACAUGAUCGACAUGCCGCGCGAUGGUGCCACUAAUGUCCUUGAGGUGCAAGUGCAGCUUACCCAUCUGAUCAUCCGGAUGAGCGACUACCCGGCUGAGUAUUUUCUGCAGCCGCCAUAUGUAUUCCUCCAUCUUGUGCAGCUUCAAAAGCGGACAGAUGGCAGUCUGCUGUACGUAAACCGGGCACUAAUCGCUUUCUUGAAACAGUUACAGCGCCGCAUUCAGGUGCGCAGUAAUACCCUUAGUUAUUCGGCCAGCAUUGAUCCUCCUGGAACGCGUCCCAAGCAACUGAAGGUGGAGUGCAUCUUGGGGGUGCUGCUGGCCAACUGCACCAAGCUAAUCCACCCGCUGCUGUUCCGCGCGACGAACGACAACUGGCACAUCCUGGAGCUCAGCGUGGAAACCAUCCGAACCUAUGAUGUCAUCCACUGCCGAGUCUCACCCCUGGGCACCGUACGUUUUUCACACGUAGUAAGCAAGCUACUCACAUACUGCAACAGUCUGGAGGGCAGUGACCUGGCCAAGCUGGUGGACUCAAUGAUUAUUCCCCGUCUGCAAUCACUGAUCUUUAACGGCCUGCUACAGGAUACAGUAGCCCUGAACCUCACCUAUGACAAGCACCUGGACCGAGCAAACGCCCAAAGGCUCAUCAAACCCUUAAUUUUGGACAGCUCCUACCUGUCUUGCGUGCCCGAUCGCAUGAAGUCACUGACCAACCUAAUCUGCGCCCUGUCCUCGAUGCCCUCGGAGCCCUCGAGGGAUGAGGAGCGUUUGAUCAAGUUGAAGCGGGCCUACAGCCUGGCCCUAAACCAAUUCCAGCCGAAAACCAGAAUGGCUGCGGAGCAGCUAGUCCGAAUGCACAGGGAGGUGUGCCUGGUGGUCGAACAACUGGGAAGUGAGACUCUGGUGAAACAGCUCUUCGACGCUGUCGUGGAAUGCACACCACUUUACGUUGGUGAUCCGAAGCUAAGAGAAAAUGCAGAAUCGCUGAUUUUAAUGCUGAUGAAUUUAGAGGACCAAAAGCUCCGUGGAUUUGUGUACCGUUUAAUGCCGCGACCUGUGGUGUCCCAUUUUCAUGCCUUUAUGAACAAGACGGUCUACAGGACGGGAUGCAGCAAUUUGGACCUGGUCCGCCAUCACAUUCUUGGUUUGCCACUGAACACCAAGAUACUGGAAGGGCUGAUCCUUCAGAGUUUGGACGCUGAUGCUCCGGAGCAGGUGCGCCAGUGGUGUAUUGAUUAUCCUUCAAUGCUACUAAAACUGAACUGCGUGCUCAGUGCAAAGGACUUUAACAAAGUGUUCGAACUGGUUAUUCCCGUGCUGGCCCAGCUGAUCCGCAGGUCGGUUACACACAAGCAAUUGCACGGAGUGGUUUGGCAGUUGUUCGAGCCGGACACCAGUCCACUGGAACCGCAAUUGAUGCUGCGUGGCUACGUUUACUACAUGUUCCAUCCGUUUUCUCAGAUGAGAAGCGAUGCCACCACUAGGAUCGCUUACGUGCUGCAAUGUCAGGACUACACGAACAAGUAUAGGCCAACCAUGAACCAGGUUCCGAUUGAGAUGCUCCCGAACGAUUUCUGCCUGAUCCAACCACCAGUUGAUUACAUUACCAUUUUUGAUGAAUAUAUCAAAGAACCGUUUCAAGGACAGCGCAGCUUGGAUGCCUUGCUCCGAUUGCUGGAGACCAAAGACUUGAGGCCUUCUAUCAGGAAGUCCACAAUGACUCAGUUAAACGUCAUGCUUCAAAACUGGAAAGCUUGCGACGACUUCUCCACGAAGGACGAUGGAUAUCGACUGAUUCUGGAGUCGCUGCACAAUGCUUUGAAGAAGGAGAGUGCCAACGAGCCCGUAGAUAUUCUACUGCCCACAGUGAGUAUCUUGAUGAAGCUGCUGCUACAUAAUGCUGGAUUCCGUGAAGAGAUCUCGAACACUUUUGAAGUGUAUGUGUGUCUGCUCCGCGCUUUGUUCAUGCUGCCGCAUGAGAAGCAGUUGCGCCAGGAUGUCAGCAUCUGCCUGUUUCUGAUGCUAUUCCACAACUACGUCAACUCCACUUUGGACGAGUUAGUGCUGGACAUAGAACUGAGUCCCAUGAUUCUGCCUGUGACAUACGAUGUUGAUAAUACACCGCGAGAACCUGCUAUUAUGGAGGGAAUGCAAUUGCAGGAAGACUUGGAGGAAACCCAUUUCGGAGGAGAUAAGGCCAGAGCUGCCCAGCACUGGCGACUGUAUACGGCACAUCGCGUUUGCCAGACUCCAUCGAGCAUGACUUUGGAGUCUGUUGGGGAUCUGGAUAUUAGGGACUCUCUCAAGAUAAAAGUUGCCGAUUUGGCAUUGGUGCAGGCGUCACACUUGGAGCUACAACUAGGGCGACAGAUCACCGCGGCCAGUAACUGCUGCAACCACCAGGAUCUGCACCAGAUCGUGACCCUCAUUCAACUAUUCCUCGUGCUUCUGCGCAGCUCGAUACCUCAGAAGGUGGGCGAAGGCAUGUGGAAGCUCAUCCACAAGUUUGUCCGCUUGGCGCCGGGCAACGACGCGGAUCGUGAGCUUUACAAAUCCCUGCUGGAAUUGUGCCUCAAUUGUCUGCGUUUCUCCCAGCCGCAGGUGAUGAGUGGACUGAGCAAAGCCCUCGAUACUGAUCAUCAUCACAGCUUCCAUCUGCUUUUGCACGACCGCCUUGUUCCGCUGGAAAUUCUGCACCUAAUUACUCAGUGCCUGAUGCAACUCCUGUCCGCCGAGCGCAGUUCGAUCUCGAUGAACUGGCAUGGGAAGCUGUUCAUGCAGCUGAGUGUUUUGGCCAAAACACACUUUGAGCUGCGUCAGCUCCAGCACGUGCGAUGUAUGCUCCGCAUCCUGCGCCAUUUAAGCGAGCGGGAGCUGAAGCUUAACGAUGUUCAGCUAAUACACUAUUGCCAGCACUUCAUACAGCUGUCUAGCGAUUUGAGGACAUCGACGCAGACCGGAGCGCAGUGGCAACGCGACUGCCUGCAUAUUAUCUGUCAGCUACAUAUGCACCAAACUCGGCUUCCUGCCAAGGACAAAACUACAAUCGAUACAGGAGUUGCGAAGAAAGUUCUGCGCUAUUUGCUUGGCUUGUGCGGGCACAGCGAUGGCGAAGUGCGUGCCUUGGCAUGGGUUUCAAUGGCCAAUUGGAUAACUAGCUGUGGCUCGAACAUGGCCAGCGUUCUGCCGAGCUUGGACUUUCUUCCUGGUGGAUUGCCAGCUUGCUGUUUAACCACGCUAUUGGAUGUCCACGAGCAGAUGUUGGUUAGGGAGUUGGCCGGACGCGUUUUUAUCCUGCUGAUGCCGACCAUUGGUGCCGAAGCUAGCAUAGAGUUGAUGCGCAAUCAUGACUUUCUGAAGGACGCCAACAAUGCUCUGAAAGUCAUGCAUGUGACUCCCUGGCUAUCAAAGGACCUGGCGGGAGAGCAGCAUUCGUGUGAGAUAAUCAGCUGCUAUGUUGCCAUCUGCAACCAGAUGGUGUCCAUCAAGCCGGAGUGGUGCGCCACACUGUGCGAGCACAGCUUUAUGAACGGUCUCAGUGAUGUGAUGAAGACGCCACCGCCUGCAGUGUCCUUCUCGAUACCCUUCCUGCAACUGUGUGCAGGACAAAUAUGCCAGUUGUACGCCUUGUGCUAUAGUGAUAACUUUGAGUUCCUUCAGAGGACCAUCUGCCGGGAUUCCGUCCUGCUGCAGAGCUUCCUGUCGCUGACGAACGAUGUGCUGGACUUGGACUGUCCCGAACGGCUGCUGGUUCAACUCUUCAAGCUCUUUCUGAUAUUCUGCAAGGACUCCAAUUCGAAUGCUGUCCUUAUCGAGCAACUGAAGAGUCAGCCAGCCCUUUUCUUGGAUUUUUUCCUGUACGGAUUGCAUUCUUCAUACAUGAACACUUCCUUUCAGCGCUACACCCUCUCAUCUCUAUCCAUGGUGUUCAUCAAGGCGCAAUGUGCACCAGAGAAGGAGAGCUUGCUGAGAGAACUGGAACAGUACACAUUGCAACUUGAUGAUAUUUUGCCGUCUGAAGGAGAAAAGCUAUUGGUAAAUGGCAAAGACGAAAUAGCUUCUACACAUAAGCAACUGAUAUCUAUAUGCAUGCAGGGUCAACAGCCAAAGGAGAGUGAUGGCCAGAGCCCAAAAGCUGGGACCAAAACCACCAAUGCAGCUGUGCUCCUCUACCACCGCCUGGAUCGGCUCUUUGAUCACCAUUAUCCGCCCAAGACCUUCCAUUUCCUGAAAACGCCUGGAGCAGGUCAUGUGCAGAUAUGUGAGACUCUCGGCGGAUUGCUGAAGAUCUCACCUUGGGCUGUCCAUGCGGCUGGGCAACUGAAACUGCUAGAUCGAGUGAUUAGCCUUCUGGAAACCUUUCUUAACGAUGUUAACAUCGGGAACGCCUGCGUCUAUGUGAAGCGCGUGGGAGCCCACAAGUCACGCGACAUCCUGAGCAAUCUCUUGCUUCUGAUCAACAUGUUGGGGCAGUGGCACAGUUCGCAUCAUGCUGUGAUCACCCAGCCCACUAUGGCUGCCACUGUUGUUCGAAUUCUUAUCCGCAUCUGGCCUUGGCUGUCACACUCGCAGCACUUAAAAAAGAUCACCGUCCAGCUGACCAUGUUUCUUACGGAGCACUCCUUCGAGAUGUGCAAACAGACUUCGCUGGUUCCUUCUGGACAAUCGCAUUCCCUGCUUCAGCUGAUGGUUCGCGUGGCUGACUUCGAGACGACCAGGAAGGAGACCCCAAACAAGGAGCCCAAUCACAGUAUGGUGCCCGCCCUGAGGGCAAUGGUAAACUGUUGCUCCUGUGCCGAGGGUCGACUGAGUCUAUCCAAAAUGCAUGUGCUCGACAUGUUUGAUACGAUCCUCCCAGCAAAUCCAUCUUCAUCUCAUGCUACCAAAGUGAAACCACUGGUUCUAAACGCUUGGCUUGGAUUUUGGGAGGUAUUUUCCCGAUAUGAUGUCGGAUCCAAAGUUUGCCAUCUUCAUGCCCUCAUCGAGACCAUUCGACGCACACCGCCAUUGAACAAAAAGAGGAUUCUGUGCCUUCGUAUCCUACGAAACAUGUGCUUUUUUAAUAGCAAUCGGAGCCAGUUGGUAGAACAUUCCGGCUUCAUUAACAUGCUAUAUGAUAUUGUGGACCAACCAGUUAAAAAAGGACCAGAGUCCACUGAAAAAGUCUUGGACUCAUUCGAAGAGCAUCGAUUAGUUGUACUAAUGCUGUGGAAACUUUUCGGCUUCGGGGCCAAAUACAAGGCCAUGUUGCGCGGCACCAAGCUGUACAAAGUGCUCACCGGCCUCCGAGUAGAAUUGACGGUGAUAUAUUCGGAUAAUCCGCAUAAAUUCACAGACGUUCCCUAUGCAAAAGAAGUCGACGAGUUGCUCGAUGGUCUUGCGGAUUCGAUGCGACAGAAGACGUAGACAAUUAACACAAACUGACCAAGUACAAAUAAAUAGGGUAGAUAUAACAAAAUUGUUUUUUUUAUAGAAUGUGUAUUUUGUAAAUGGACUUUUAAUGUACUUUUAAAAUUAAACUAUUAUGUAAAGCAGACACCUCUGUUGUAAGAAGUCUACAAGAAUUCUAAGUCCACAUGAUGUCCUUAAAUAAUGAAAAUAAAUAUUUAAACACUGUA